AUGAAUCCCUUCCAAUACCACGAACCCCAAUCCCUCGCUGAAACGGUGGCAUUGCUUUCGGUUGAGACCGGUGCGGACGCCCACAUCAUUGCGGGAGGGUCCGACCUGCUGGACGAGGUCAAGGAAGGGAUUAUCAGACCUGCGUCGGUGGUCAGCUUGGCCGGAGUUCCCGAUCUGGCCGGCAUAACCGAGGCCGAAGAUGGGUUGAGAAUCGGCGCCAUGACUACCAUCGCCGACAUCGCGGCCCACCCGGUAAUCCGCACUGCCUACACCGCCCUGGCCGAGGCUGCCGGUGGGUUGGCCACGCCCCAGAUCCGCAAUGUUGGUACGCUGGGCGGCAACCUGAACCAGCGACCCCGCUGCUGGUACUACCGCCAUCCGCUGAUUCCUUGCUUGAAAAAAGGGGGCGACCGUUGCUACGCCCUGGUCGGCAACACCAAGCACCUGUGCGUUACGGGCGGCGACCGCUGCUAUAUCGUCCACCCCUCGGACACGGCGGUGGCCCUGUCGGUAUUCAAUGCCGCCGUUGAAAUCGCUGGCUCGAGCGGAAAACGGACCCUGCCCAUCGGCGAAUUUUUCACCGGCCCUGGUGUUGACAUAAGCCGUGAAACUGUUUUGGAGCAGGGUGAGGUCGUAACCCGCGUUAACGUGCCCCGCCCUUCGGACUUGGGAGCCGAAGGACAACCGCCCCGCAGCGUUUAUCUGAAGGCUCGGGAGCGCGAGGCGGGAGACUUCGCGCUUGUCAGCGUGGCCGUGCGCCUGGACGUGGCCAAUGGUACCGUUCAACAAGCGGCAGUGGCUCUGGGAGGCGUGGCCCCCGUUCCCUACCGUGCAACCGAAGUAGAAGAAUACCUCAUCGGACGAGCCGUCGAUUCCCUUGACUCCACCCACGCCGGCACCCUCAGCAUCCCCGAUGCCCGCCCCAUGACCGACAACGGCUACAAGGUGGUUAUGGCCAAUAACCUCGUUAAGCAAGGUAUUGCCAGGUUGCUGGCGGGUUAG